UAGGGCGGGCCGGCGGGGAGAAUGAAAACACAAAAUCGCAAAAUUAAGAAAGAAAAGGAGCCUCGAACACACUCUCACACUAGUAGUCAUUGUGCUUUCUUCUCCGCCAUAACUACCGCCUCAACAAGCUCAAAAAUGGCUUAAACCAAAUUUCAACCUUUCGAACCUAAAACCCCAUAUUUUCUCUCUCCUCCUUUCACUUUCUCUCUCCUCAAUUUUCAUCUUCUUCCCUCAAAAACCCUAGAAAAACCCCCAAUCUAGUUACAUGACGAAAGUAUAUGGAACUGGGACCUACGAUUUCAAACGCCAUAGAGUGGCGGAAUACCCAGUUGAAAUUACCCAUCAAAUUGCUGUUGAAAAAACCCCUGAUUCAAUCCCAAUUUCAAAUGCCCCCAAUUCAAUUAGUCUUUCUGAAAUUAAUCGAGACCCUCUUACUAAAAUUGCUGCUGAUAAUUGGAUCAAAUCUGGUGUAAAUGAUUCCAACCCCAGAAAACCCUUUGAUGCUGAGCUUGUCAAUGAUAUUUAUCGCAAGGAGUUGCUCGUGAAAUCGGGCCGAAAACCCGUGCCCUUGCAAAGGGUCAUGAUUUUGGAGAUUAGUCAGUAUUUGGAGAACUAUCUUUGGCCUUAUUUUGACUCUGAAACUGCUAGUUUUGAGCAUGUUAUGUCUAUGAUACUCAUGAUUAAUGAGAAGUUCAGAGAGAAUGUAGCAGCUUGGGUGUGUUUUCAUGACAGGAAAGAUGUGUUCAAGGCAUUCUUGGAGCGGGUUCUUCGGCUUAAGGAUCAGGGGGAACGCUUUACUAUUGCGGAGAAGACCAACUACUUGGUUUUCAUGAUUAAUGUCUUUCAGAGUUUGGAGGAUGAAGUUGUCAGUGAUACCGCUUUAAGAUUGGCGAGUCUGCAAUGCUGGCAUAGCUUGUCAUAUGGCCGUUUUCAGAUGGAGCUUUGUCUAAACCCUGAUUUAAUAAAGAAAUGGAAAAAGAUGACUAAGGCAGAAGCCAAGAAGGCUAAGAAGCGGGGAGAAAAUUUUGAUCCAUCAAAAUCUCUGGAAGCAACAUUCUUGAGAAGUCUCAUCGUGGAGUUCUUGGGGGUAUUGGAUUCUGAGGUGUUUUUCUCCACGCAGCAUGAUGAUUCAGAAAGAAUUAGUACGAAUGGUUUACAAGAAGUUGAUGAUGCUUGUGUCUUGUACUGUGAGAGGUUUAUGGAGUUCCUUAUUGAUUUACUAAGCCAACUGCCAACAAGGAGAUACUUGAGGCCUUUGGUGGCUGAUGUUGCAGUUGUUGCCAAAUGUCACUUGAGUGCACUUUAUACUCAUGUAAGAGGAAAGCUGUUUUCACAACUGGUUGACUUGUUACAAUUCUAUGAAACAUUUGAGAUCAAUGAUCACGAAGGGACUCAACUGACUGAUGAUGAGGUCGUUCAAGCACAUUAUGAUCGCUUUCAAUCCUUUCAAUUGCUUGCUUUUAAGAAAGUUCCCAAGUUGCGGGAGCUGGCUUUAGCGAAUGUUGGUGCAAUACACAAGCGAGUUGAUCUUUCUAAGAAACUUUCUGUUCUUUCGCCUAAUGAGCUCAAAGACCUAGUGUGUUCUAAGCUCAAACUCAUUUCAAGCAAUGAUCCAUGGUCAGACAGGGUUGAUUUUCUAAUUGAAAUUAUGGUAUCCUUUUUUGAGAAACAAAAGUCUCAGAAGGAAGCCAUAAAUGCUCUUCCACUCUACCCAAAUGAGCAAAUUAUGUGGGAUGAAAGUCUUGUACCUAACAUUAACUACUCUGGAGAAGGAUGCCUGGCUCUCCCUAAACUUAAUUUGCAGUUUUUGACCCUUCAUGAUUAUUUAUUGAGAAAUUUUAAUCUUUUCCGUCUGGAGUCUACAUAUGAAAUCCGGGAGGAUAUUCAGGAAGCUGUGCCGCACCUUCUUGCCUAUAUCAAUAAUGAAGGGGAAACAGCUUUCCGUGGUUGGUCGAGAAUGGCCGUACCCAUUAGGGAAUUCAGGAUUAGUGAGGUGAAGCAGCCUAACAUUGGGGAAGUAAAACCAGCAGCAGUUACUACAAAAGUUACUUACAGCAUUUCCAGUUAUAGAUCACACAUAAGAUCUGAAUGGGAUGGAUUAAAAGAGCAUGAUGUUUUAUUUUUGCUUUCUAUACGGCCUUCAUUUGAGCCAUUGAGCACAGAGGAAGCAUCUAAGGCAACUGUUCCUCAACGACUUGGGCUUCAUUGUGUACGUGGAUGUGAAGUGAUAGAGAUCCGGGAUGAGGAAGGAGGUCUGAUGAAUGAUUUUACUGGAAAAAUUAAACGUGACGAGUGGAAGCCUCCCAAGGGUGAAUUGAGAACUGUAACUGUUGCACUAGACGCAGCACAGUACCACAUGGAUGUCACAGAUAUUGCAGAGAAAGGAGCUGAAGAUGUGUAUGGAACUUUUAACAUUUUAAUGCGGAGAAAACCUAAGGAAAAUAAUUUCAAGGCCAUUUUAGAAUCUAUUAGAGAUCUUAUGAAUGAAACGUGUAUAGUUCCUGAUUGGUUGCACAACAUAUUUUUGGGUUAUGGGAAUCCUUCAGCUGCUCAGUGGACUAACAUGCCUGAUCUUUUGGAGACUGUAGAUUUUAAGGAUACUUUUCUGGAUGCAAAUCAUUUGAAGGACAGUUUUUCAAAUUAUCAGAUUUCUUUCAUUAAUCCUGAUGGUUCAGAGAACUUGCAUCCGGAGCCUCCAUUUCAAAUUAAGCUUCCAAAGACGCUGAAAAGCAAUGUUCAAGCUCUCCCUGGCAACAAAUCUAAUAUAACAGCUUCCUGUGAUGGUGAUGUCAAUGCAAUUCAAGAAAGGCUCAUUGUUGAGACAUAUAUUCCUCCUGAUCCAGGUCCAUACCCCCAAGACAAGCUAAAACAGAACACAGUCAGAUUUACCCCUACUCAGGUCGGGGCAAUUAUCUCUGGUGUUCAGCCAGGCUUGACUAUGGUAGUAGGUCCACCUGGUACUGGAAAGACUGAUACAGCUGUGCAGAUCCUAAAUGUUCUAUAUCACAAUUGUCCUUCCCAGAGAACUUUAAUUAUAACACACUCCAAUCAGGCUCUGAAUGAUCUUUUUGAAAAGAUAAUGGAGAGAGAUGUGCCCGCUCGUUAUCUUCUUCGAUUAGGACAAGGUGAACAGGAAUUAGCAACUGAUCUGGACUUCAGUCGUCAAGGUCGUGUUAAUGCAAUGCUUGUGCGACGUUUGGAACUGCUUAAUGAGGUGGAGAGGUUAGCGCGAUCUCUUCAGCUUCCUGAAGAUGUAGGCUAUACUUGUGAAACAGCUGGGUACUUUUGGCUGCUUCAUGUCUACUCACGUUGGGAACAAUUUCUAGCUGCCUGUUCUGAUAAUAAAGAUAAACCAACAUUUGUUCAGGACCGUUUCCCAUUUAAAGAGUUUUUUUCUGAUGCCCCUCAGCCAAUCUUUACUGGAAAGUCCUUUGAUAAAGAUAUGCGGGCUGCCAAAGGAUGUUUUCGCCAUCUCAAAACCGUGUUUCAGGAGCUUGAAGAGUGUAGGGCAUUUGAAUUGCUGAAAUCAACUGUGGAUAGAGCUAACUACCUAAUGACUAAGCAGGCAAAAAUUGUUGCUAUGACUUGCACACAUGCAGCUCUCAAGAGAAAAGAUUUCCUUCAGAUUGGAUUUAAAUAUGACAACCUAUUGAUGGAAGAAAGUGCACAAAUCCUGGAAAUUGAAACUUUUAUUCCAAUGUUGCUGCAGAGACAGGAAGAUGGUUAUGCACGUCUUAAACGUUGCAUAUUAAUUGGUGAUCAUCACCAGCUGCCUCCAGUUGUAAAAAACAUGGCCUUUCAGAAGUAUAGCCACAUGGAUCAAAGUCUUUUUACUCGUUUUGUUCGUCUAGGCAUUCCCUAUAUUGAGCUUAAUGCUCAGGGUCGAGCACGACCAAGCAUAGCCAAACUUUACAACUGGAGGUAUAGAGAGCUGGGAGACCUUCCCUAUGUAAAGGAAGAAACUAUUUUUAAUAGAGCAAAUGCUGGGUUUUCUUAUGAUUAUCAGUUAGUGGAUGUGCCGGAUUAUAAUGGCAAAGGUGAAAGUGCUCCUUCACCCUGGUUUUAUCAGAAUGAGGGAGAGGCUGAAUACAUUGUUAGCGUUUACAUAUACAUGCGCCUGUUGGGUUAUCCUGCAAAUAAGAUAUCCAUCUUAACUACUUAUAACGGACAAAAAUUCCUCAUUCGUGAUGUUAUCAGUAGAAGAUGUGUUCCAUACGACAUUAUUGGCCCCCCAAACAAGGUCACAACAGUGGAUAAGUUUCAAGGUCAGCAGAAUGAUUUUAUCUUACUGUCGCUGGUGCGUAGUCGAUUUGUGGGUCACUUGCGCGAUGUGAGAAGAUUGGUUGUUGCAAUGUCUCGUGCAAGACUCGGCCUCUAUGUUUUCUGCCGCCGUUCAUUGUUUGAGCAGUGCUAUGAACUACAACCUACUUUUCAGCGUCUUCUACAGAGACCUGAUCACCUUGCUUUAAACUUGACGGAGAACAUGCCUUUCACAGAUCGUCAUGUUGAGGAUACAGGUCCAGCCUAUCUUGUCAGUGGUGUGGAAGAGAUGGCUAAUAUUGUGAACUACAAAAGACAUCAGGUUGACCAGGCAAGGAUGAUGAUCCUUCAAUAUAAUUCAGUUAAUUUCGAACAAGGAGAUCUGUCUAUGGGUGAACCCACCCAGAAUGGACAGGAAGACUUAACCUCAGUGAAUGACAUGAAGACAGAAGGAUCUGUCUUGGAAAAUGGUAAAUCAGGGCAAGUCCUGUCUGUAAAUAACUCUAAGGAAAGUACAGUUAUGGAAGAAGAUAAGAUUGGUCAAAACGGAGAUGUGCAAGUAGAGAAUUCUGAGGCUCGUGUAACAGAAAAUGCUGUAACAGAUGGUGAUGCUGAUCUUGCUGCCUCCAAUAUGGAGGAGUAAGUUGAUGGAAGUAUCAAAAGGUGAUGUUUUACAUGGUUGAUAUGUUAUGCAGCUAAAUUUAGCCAUGUUCAACCUUGUUUUAAUCCUUCACUAGUCGGUAUAGCCAUGUCAACAAAAGAGGUUCAACAAAAGUGGCCAGUUAGCUCUUUGUUUUAAAUGCCACGCAUAAUAGGGACUGCUGAACCCCUAAUACAUGAUGAUUUGAGCUGCUUAUUGAGGAAUCGAGUAUAUUUUAUGAUGCAACUAUGUAAGCCUUCAGCUCUAUGAUUUCUUGUAAAUGGAUUUCUUCUUAUGUAGCCGAGGUAGCGUGAAAAUUACUGAGCAGGAUAUUCUGGAGGGUGCAAUCCGGCAAUGUCUCAAUGAGCUAGGCAAAAUGGCAAUCAUGGGAUUGUUAAUUUCAGCAGAGAAGUAGAAUCGUUUUUGGAGGGGUUAGGAAAAGACAGUCUGUUUCAUAGUGGCUUUAGCUGUAGAUUAGAUCAAUUCAAUUUUGUACUGUACUGUAUACAGGUUGAUGUAACCUUAAGUUUUACUGACCCUGAAGAUCUUGAUCAGUAUAACGAGAAAAAAACAAUUUUCUAAUUAUUAUGUCCAUGCCUUAAAAAUUUUGCACAUUCAAAUAUAUAGGAUUGCAAUGCAUAGAUUGAGUAAUAA